CUUGUACAUAUAUUCUCAUGCAGACAUCCAACGCGCACACAGUUUACUUCAAUUUAAUUAGAAUAAGAUAAGAGAGUGCGCCCAGAGAGGAUGAGGCAUAGCUCUUUACCAGGAAGCCCCAAGAAGGAAGAACAAGAAGUGCCUGCUCAAACAAGUACAGUUUCCGAAUUCUCCAGUCUCAUAGAUGAUUUGGAUCAUGAUCAGGGCAUUUUGAGUGUCGAAGGUGAGGAAGAGAAGUCAUCAGGUCAGGGCAAUAAGGAUAUGUGCGGUCAAGUUCAACUAGGCUGGAAGUACUUCAUGGACUGGGAAGGAUUUUCAGUCGGAGACGAAGAAGAAGAAGAAGAAGAAGAAGAUGAUGAUGAUGAUGAUGAUGAAGAAGGCGACCAGAAGGUAGCAGAAACGAGCAUGUGCUUGCAAGGAGAUAGCCGCCGCCACUGCAGCACCGCGAAGAGAGAAAGCUACGGAUUUUGGGAUGAUUAUGAUCAUGACUACGUCGACAAUGGGUUUUCCUUGAAUCUGAGCUUAAAUUAUCAAGGGGUCUUGGAUGCUUGGUCCGACCGCCGGACUCUUUUGGCCGACGGCCAUUAUUGUUCUUCGCUCACGAUCCCCAACAACAACAACGGCGCCUAUAUAGGAGAGGUGCCGGUAAUGGAGGAAGAAAGAGCAAGAAGGGAAGCAAGUGUACAGAGGUACAAGGAAAAACGUCAGACCAGAUUGUUCUCCAAGAAGAUAAGAUAUCAAGUCCGCAAGCUCAAUGCAGAAAAAAGACCCAGGCUCAAGGGUCGAUUUGUGAAGAGGGGCUCCUCCCGGGAAGAUACAUAGAUAUGAGGUUCUUCUUUGAAAUGUCUCAAAAAAAUAUCUUAUCCGGCUACUGCUCUCUCUCUCUCUCUCUCUCUCUCAACUUUUUCCACAUGUACUUUUUCUGUUUGUCUCCAAAGAAAAUGCUGAAAUAUCUUCCUCAA